CUGAGAAAAACCAAAAAGAAAGCUUCUAAAAAACAGAAUGUAGCCAAUUUCUAAAAAGCAAUUGUUCUUCCAAAUCCAUCAAUAGAGAACUGCAGGUCAUGUAGUUCUAGAAUCCAGGUCUGCAGCAGUCUAUAACAAUCUCCAUAUCAACCAUAUAUAUGUAUAGAUGGAAUGCAGAAAUCACUCUAUUCUCACACUUUGUUUCAACACAUAUCUAACACAAAUAAAAACCAACCAAAAUAAACAAAUAUGUUCUCAACUUCUGUCAUCAUUAAGGAAUAGAGAAUUUAUAAUAACAACAAAGUCAGCAACUCCUCACAACUUAAAAUUCCUUGUCUUUUGAGUUGUUAUCUUCUAGAAAGAACCACCUUGACUCUGUUUUUGUGUGCAAGUAUCUUUGCUUGACAUCUACAAAUUUAAAAUGAACUAUUUAAAUUUAUUUUAUUAUCAAUUAAUCAGAAGGCUAUACAGUAUGAAGGCUGUAAGUUUAAAUUUAAUGUGUACCAGUCCCUGAAAGAAGCCAACAACAAUUAGCAUACCUUUAAUUAGCAAAUCAAUCACAAUAUCAAAAAUGGGAAGCCAUUUGAUCGAUGAUCUUCCAAUAGCCAAAAGCUGAACUAAAUUUGAACUUCUCAAGGGUUAAGUUUCAACACUAUAUCUACCAAUAACUCAAUUUGAGCACUAGAUAGUUUCCCAUACAAACAAACAAAAUGAGGACAUUAAAAUGGUUACAUAUCUUAAUGAGCAUGGCAUGAAUGUAGAAUAGAAUGGAUUCCCGUGAAAUCAACAGGCUUAAACAAGGUCCAUAUAUUAUAUAGGAUUGGGCUCUACUGAAUUUUAAAUCCCUUUACUGGAUGAAAAACAUAUUGUGAUUCACUUUACUUUGAAUGAGGAUUUCUUGCAUUGUUUUCUUAGAAAGUGCUGGAAAAUUGAUGGUUAUAAUGUUGACGUAUUGCAUUAGACCUUUGAUUUUGAUCCGACUAUAGAAUCCCCCCUAAUUCUGGUUUGGAUUGCGCUGGAAGGCAUUCCCAUCCACUUGUUUGAUACUACCUCUUUAUUUUCCAUUGCAAACUUUGUUGGAAAUUCCCUGAAAAUAGACUCUGCGGCUGCCCAGCUUAGCUGACCUUCUGUGGCUAUGGUGUGUGUGGAACUAGACCUUUCAAAGGAACUCCCACACUCUGUUUGGUUACAUGUGGGCCACCUAUCUUUCCUUCAACCCAUUCAUUAUGAGGAUGUCCCUCAACCUUGCUCAUCCUGUAAAAGAUGCGGGCACAAAACCUACAAGAAAACCCCCACAACUUCUAGAUGGAUUAAAAGAGAUGCCCCUAAACCUACAAGGCCAUUGAUUUGUAAUGAGGCUAAACUAGGUAAAGAACUGAUCCCUAAUCCUACUAAAACUGAAUAUUUUCAUCUUACUUGGGUCACUAAAGAUGUCUUAACAAUUGGUACCCUUUUUUGAUGAAGAGAAUAUGGGAAUUAUUGGUCUCACACCCUCUCAGCCACAAGAAACUGUGGAAUCUUAGUCAAAAGCUAUUUUAGCUAUUGAGACUGAAAAUGCAUUAAAGCCUAGCUCAAAAUUAAAGAAACUUCACCUACUGAAAUUGCCCCUACUGCAAACAUGAAGGCAGCAGACACUUGUUGGAAAACAUUUUCACUUUGACAUUUUGCUAAUGACAAUGUUUGUUUCCAUUUAGGUUUUGAUAUUGACAACCGUCGGGAACAUGGAACAAAAUGAAAAGAUUCAAAGAGAUAGAAAAAGUUCUUUGAAGAAACAAAAAGCACAAGAAAGGCAUUGACGCUGCUAAAGAUGGCGACAUUGGCGUUUUGAAGACGUAUUCUAAAGACUUAGGUUUUAUUGUAACAAGCUCAUUCAAUUUCUCUACGUCAUGGCUCAAAACAAAAUAUGUUUUUCAUGCAUCAAAUGAGUGUUUUCAUAAAUGGUUUUUAAGUUUCUAAAACCCAUGGUUCUUGCUUAACCAAAACCAUAACCAUCGGUUAUCGGCGUUCGGCUAUGGCGUUCGGUUUUUGGCAUUGAUUUAAACCAAAUGGUUUUUGGGUUUUUAUCUUUGGUUUAUGCUUCUGGACACAUUUAAAGGUUUUCCAAAUGAUUAGUUUUCAAAAACCAUAACCUUUGUUUUUCGGCAUUGGUUAUCGGCUUUCGGCGCCGGUUAUCGGUGUUGGUUUUUGGCGCCCAAAUCAAUCAAGUGGUUUUUAAUAUUUUAUGAUUGGUUUUUACUUCUGGACACAUUUAAAGGUUUUCCAAAUGAUUAGUUUUCAAAAACCAUAACCUUUGUUUUUUGGCAUUGGUUAUCGGCUUUCGGCGCCGGUUAUAGGUGUUGGUUUUUGACGCCCAAAUCAAUCAAGUGGUUUUUAAUAUUUUAUGAUUGGUUUUUACUUCUGGACAUAUCAAAAUGGUUUUCCAACAAAAACAUGUUAAAAACCACCUUUCGUUUUUGGUCUUUUGGUGAAAACCAUGUGAAACGGCAUAAACUUGGCUAGCCGUGAUUUUUACCUUAAUGAAGUGGUUUUUAAGUUUUUAUACUUGGUUUCUACAUUAAAUACAUUAUAUAAGA